AUGGAUCCUUGUAAUGGAAUAUUCUGUCUUAUAGGAUAUCCAAAUGCAUUGAUCCCUUCUUUAAGACAGUUUCUACCUUUGCCUAAAUCCCAUCAUAGAGAGUCUCCUGGUGAUAUGAAUGAUUUCAAUGAACAUUAUGGUUUUGGUUUUGACCCUAACACUAAUGAUUAUAAACUUAUUGUGCUUAGAGAUUUUUUGUUAGAUGAUUCAGAUGAAGUAGAAAAUAAUGAGUUUUUAUCAGCUGAGUUAUAUAGCCUUAAUUCAAACUCUUGGAGAGAUAUUGAUGCUCCACUUUACAACCCUUUUCCAUUUAAUACUUGGCGUUGUUCUUCCAUUUACACUUUUGUGAAAAACUGUUGUAAACUUGUCAUUGGUGGGGUUUUCUUGUUGAUGAGUCUGGUAACAAAGGAGAUUAUGGGAUUAGAUAAUUGGUUUCACUUUGAUGUUUGGGUUAUGAAAGAUUAUUUCAAUGAAGGGUCAUGGAUUUUGCAAUAUAGUGUUGGACCUGUGCCGGUGGCUUACUAUCUCGUUGGAUUUUAUGGGAGCGAUCAGUUUCUUUGGAGAGAUGACAACGAGAGGUUGGUGGUGUUGUACGAAGCUGUGAACGAUAAUGCAAGAUAA